CGGUACCGGUACAGCCGCUUGUUGCUGUGCCCAGUUUUUUAUCUCUAUCUGCGGAUGACCGUAUUUUAGUUAGAGACGACGACGGAAGAAAUGGGGGCAACAACACUCAAAUCUCUUCUCAUUCACCUUCUCACCUCAUUCACCUUCCCACUUACGUCCACACCAAGAUACCGUUGACCCACCAUGCCACCACUGCCUCCGUUGUUACUACAUUUACUGCUGGUGCUGUUGUCGCCACAGUUGCUGUUGGCACAACGAUUGAAUUACUGUUUCGACGAUGAGGAGUCUCCCGUCUCUUGUGAACCGACUGAAGAGUCCGAGUCGUUUGAUCCCGAGAUCACUGUGGAACAAAAUGCCAUUCAUCGUCUCUGUACCGAACUGAUUGCUGACUAUGUGGGUGGCGACCAAGAGGCGGCCAUGGAUGUCGACAUUUAUCCGGAUUUGUUGGCGAAUAUCCCUGCCGAUUCAGAACUGUGCAACCGUGUACGACGCUAUUUUCCCCAUUGCCAAUGGUGUCAAGAAACCUCUUGUGGAUUUGGUCCUGACGACGAAGCACCCUUGACGUGCGAUCCCAAUGCCACACUCGACUAUGAGAAUGAAGAGGGCGUGUGGAUAUUCUCCCCCGAAGACCAAGAUGCCAAUGUAGAAGACAACAGUAUAUGUUCCAUAUUCAAUGACAUUCUCUCCUCGGCAGCUGUCACCAAUCUCAGUGCCCAUGCCGAGAAACUGGCAGAGUUUGGAGGGCUACCCGAAGAGUGCCGCCAUUUCCGGAGAAAAUAUCCACGCUGUUACUUUUGUUCACCCAAUACGCAAGAAGGAGAAAAUUACUGUUCCUGGGAUGCACUCUGUGAAAAAGCCAAGACACUGAGGGAUAAUAAUGAGACACUACCCAUCACAGUAGACGACAACACUACGAUCCAGCAAACAUGUCAAGAUAUUGGAUUUGUGGUCAAGGAAGGACUGCGACAAAUAUCCACCACCGACCUCUGCGACCGGGCUCCACUUGCUCUGGCCACGGCCUGCCCGCAGCAUUGCGAGCCAUGCUUUGACCCGGCACAACCCCUAUCUUGUCAAGACGAAGAAGAAACACAACCUCCCACGACUAUUAGUACAGAAGACUCAUUCCUCGAGGAACUAGAAGAUAUUCUCGAUUCCCAAUUUGAUAUUUCCGUCACCCUUUGUGUCUUUUUGUCCUAUAACAUUCAGAGCACGGGAACGGACAUUCUCGACGUGCCAGAGCACAUGCGAGCACUGGAAAGCGUGCGAGCGAGUUCUCCGUUCUGCCCCCAUUAUCGAGCCGUCUAUCCUCGUUGUUUCUUUUGUCGCGACGACGACGAAAACGAUUGGGAUUGUUCCAACGACGAAGAUCACCCGGUCUGUCAGCUCGAGCCACCCCAAGAGGUCUACACGGGCGACAAUCCGGAACAGUUUCGGGCCGCCUGCCAACAAUUGCAAGAAGUAUUUUUGGAGGAUUUGUUCCCAUCAACGCGAGAGCUGUGUGCCCAGUCACAACAAUUCUCACGGUAUUGUCCGUGUGGGGAAAUUGAAGAAGAGUUUUCCUAUCUGGGAGCCGACACGAAUGCCAAGAAACAAACGUUGGUGUGGAUGCCCCGCAUCUCGGCGGCACUCUCCUUUUUUGGAGCCAGCUACAUUCUAUGGAUUGUCUUGUCCAACCGCAGCAAUCGUGGUUUUGUGUACUUUCAAUUGCUGGCGUGUAUGGCGGCGUUUGACUUGAUGACGGCAGUCUCCUGGGCAUUCUCGACGCUGCCCAUUGACAAUCACAACAUUGCUGGUGCCAAAGGAACUGAAGCCACUUGUACCGCCCAAGGAUUCUUUAUCCAACUUGGCUUGACAUCGGUCUUUCUCAAUGUGACGCUGGCCCUGUACUAUUGGUUGGUGAUUGUCCGCAAUGUACGGGAAUCCAGGUUGCGAGUGAUUCGGCCCAUGCUGUUUGCUCCUCCACUGAUUCUGGGGUUUGGACUGGCAUUUGCGGGGAUUCCGUUUUUUCAGGGACUGGACUAUGCGUGCCACAUCAAGCCAGUACCACACGGAGACCUGUGGCAGGUUUUGCUCUUUGUGGCCAUCCCAAUCGGUGCUUCCAUCUUGUCGAUCAGUGUCACCAUGAUAGGACUCUACUGGAAGGUACGAGAGCAGUCCCAGGCAACCAGAAGAUGGCGAUUUGGGGGAUCCGCCAAAUUGGAGAAACGAGUCUUCUGGCAAGCACUCUUCUACACCAUGUCGUUCUACAUCACCUGGCCCGUGGUUCUCUGUGUCUAUGUGACUGGAGUGGAUGAAUCGACGGAAAACUUUGGUUUUUCCGUUUUAGUGGCGUUUGUAGCUCCGUUGCAAGGCUUCAACAACUGGUUGGUUUUUAUCCGCCCCAAGGUGAAGAGCCCCAUCGAUCCAAGCUCCUUGCGGAGCACCAGCAAGUAUAUCUCGCGAUUCUUUGGUGCGGGGUCUACAGGUGACUUGCAACCACAGAGUCGUGAUCUGAGUGAAGAAGUUGUGGCUAUUCGACCUGUUGCCAGGAUGGUGGAUCCUUCGGUGGUGGUGGCCCAGGAAGCACGAGACUUGAGCAAUAUUCGCACUGAAACCGCAGUCGAAGACACACCAGCAGUUCCUGGAGCCGUUGAGGAGGAAAAACAGGAAAGUGCAGAUUAACAUUGCUACAGCCGCCAAUCUCCCGCCGCAAGUCGAGCUGGGGACAAACACUCAAUUGACGUUCAUGUCCAUAUCAAGGCUGGACUAUCCAUUACCCUCAUUGAGGCUUCAUCGUGCUUCAAGAGGCUCUCCGCAACUUCAGCAUUGUGCCCCGAGAGAUCGGUUCCACUUCUAUACUCAUCCAAGCAGGAACCCUUUGCCCUGCUGAGUUUGCUCUUCUCAUGGUACUCCCCUACCGGUACUACGCUACCAGGUAUGCUCACCGCUGGCUCUCCUAGAACAGUAGCUAAGCAAUUCGAACAAGCUUAGAGCUGUGGGGAAAAUCGUUUGGGUCAGCAGUCUUGGGAAGAUCCAGACAGAUUCAAUCCUUCGAUUCAGUGGAGAUUCCCCGCAGCUCUAACCGAGAUCAUGCUCGCGAGAGUAGCUAGCCCUGCCCAGCAGUGCCUCCUCUCCUUCCCCCCUAAGCUUGGCCCGCUGGUGGCUUUCCUGCAAGAGCCACUUACACACGUAAUCUAACUUUACAUUCUACAUG